CUUUUACGCUUUCAUGGUUUAACUUGAAAGAGUUGUAUUAGCCUUGAAUCUAUUUAGUUUGAGUAAUUUAGCUUGAGUAAAACCUAAGAUCAUCCUAUGACUUCCAACUUUGUUACUAUUAGAGUGUCUAGCUCCCUUGGGAAUGGAAAACUAUCAAAUAACAGCAGCACAGAUUUCAGCGUCCUCUCUAUUUGAUGGAAAUGUUGUCCCAAGCCACGGAAGACUACAUUACAUGGGUAAUGUCGGCGCAUGGAUAGCAAAGGUGAAUGAUCUGCAUCAGUGGUUUCAAAUCGACCUUCGAGUUGAGGCAAAUGUCACUUUUGUGGCAACCCAAGGAAGGUAUGCGGACCUUUACCAGCGGGUGACACAAUACAAAUUACAAUACAGCAAGGAUGGACUUUCCUUUCAGAUUUAUAAGCAGCCUGGAGAGAACUCAAGCAAGGUGUUUGUUGGAAACAGUGAUCAAAACACCGUGGUAAAACAUCCUUUGAUUCCUCCAAUCGAAGCACGAUACAUCAGACUGAUACCCACGGUAUGGAAUCACCACAUCUCCAUGAGGAUGGAACUCUACGGAUGUUUUGGUAAUUAGCCCUUGCUUUAAUCCUUAACGUGGAGGCGCGGUGGCCUCAAGGCUAGGGCGCUCGAUUCUCGUCGAGUGGUCCGGGUUCAAUUCCUGGCCGAGAACAUU